AAUCGAAUCUUCCUCUCUACGGAGGAGAGACGUACGGUCACUUUUACUCGCGUUAAUUUUCGCCCUAUUGUUUUCAUUGUCCAACUUUAUUACACAAUCACCAGCACGAUAGAGCGGCGUGUUGUUGUGAAUAAUAAUUGUCUGCGAUCUUAUUGAAAACAUGAUCAGUGGUUUGUGAUUCGUUCGAUAAUUUAGUACCCAGUGAUUUGAGGUCCAAAGUGCGUGUAAUUUUAUAGUUUGUGGCUUGUUUUGUGCUAAUAAUGUCGCUCGAGGAGAAGUUUAAUGCUGCCGUCAAUGUUAUAAGGAGUCUGCCGAAAAGUGGGUCAUACCAGCCCAGCAAUGAGCUGAUGCUGCGUUUCUACAGCUACUUCAAGCAAGCCACAGAAGGACCCUGUGACAAACCUAAACCCGGCUUCUGGGACGUCGUCAACAGAGCAAAAUGGGAAUCAUGGAACAAGCUCGGCAACAUGUCACAGACAGAGGCGAUGCAGGCCUACGUGGACGAACUACACAAGAUCGUGGAGACCAUGUCAUACAGUUCCGACGUGGCUUCAUUCCUGUCAGUGGAUGAUGAGGACGAAGAAUUCCCCAACAGGGACUUGGAGCUGGUGGCCGGAGACGUUCUACGCAGGGUCCGCUCUGAGCAUAACACUCCUAUCGGCUCGCGCUCCGUGAGCGGCGCGUCGUCCCCCGUGCCCCGCACGCGCCACGACUCAGAGGACGAGUACAUUGACACGGUCGAUGUUAGUAUUUGGAGUCAGGUGAACGCCGACACAGGCCAACCCGGGGGCUUAGCCACUGUCGAUGUUAAUGUGAGCGACCCGGAGGUGGCGGAGCGUGCGGCUGCGCCCGCGCACGCCGCGCCGCCGCCCGCGCCCGCGCAGGCGCCGCGCCUCAGCAACGGCCACGCGCACCAGAUCACGUCGCAGCUCACACAUCUCAAGGUGCUGGAACAGUUGCCAGGCACGCUAGCGCGCCUGGAGGCCGAUGUAGCCGCUCUACGGAAAGCCGUGGAGGGAGAGAGACUCAUGAACCGAAACCACGGAUGGCGGUGGCCGUGGCAGGAGCUGAGCCCGCCCACGUUGCUCCUGCUCGCCGCGUGGCCGUUCAUCGCCUACAAACUGGCCGGGCGGUUCCAGAGACGCGACACGUAACACGUGAGUUGGUCCUAAACUGCAACACUUAGA